GAACCACCCAACAGAAUAGGCCAGCCCAUGCCUGCCUGCCUGCCCCACUGCGGUGGGACGGGAUCUGGGCCUCCCUCUGAGAAGCCCUGAGCUACGUUGGGGUUUGGGGUGGGUCUCUGGGAAGGUGCUUCCCCAGAACUUCCCUGGCUCCUGGCCUGUGAGUGGUACCACAGGGGCAUCCCAGCUGAGCCCCUCACCAGGAAGGAGGAGCCCCCCGUGGGCAUGUGUCCACUUUUCAUCAGGCGACAGGGUUCUCUAAUAAAAGUGCUGGCAGUGCCCUGGACGGUGUCUUCGUGGCCUGGGCUUGGUGGUGGGAGUUGAGGAGAGACAGGGAGUUGGCACAGGCCCCUCGUAGCCUGCCUUGUGACACUACUUCCUCCACAGUGGGCUGAGCCCUGCCCUCAUCCUCACUGCUGCAGCCAAGCUGCAACUGGUGGGGGGGAUCCACCAAUACACCAGCUGCCUGGGCUGGUUGCUGGGUCAGGAGCUGCCCCAGGUGCUGAGGAGGGCGGUUCCCUGGGUUCCCUGGCUGGUGAAGCCCCUCACAGAACCACCCUUGGACUGAGCUGUGGGAAGGGAUGGUACCAGGUGGGUGAGGGGGGCUGCCUGGGGAGGGAGGAGUUCCUAUGGGGCGUGGUGAGGUUGGCCCAGCCCUCUCCCUGCCCAUAUAGGGCGGCAGCAGGAUGGGCUUGGGGAUUGGGCAGUCCCUCCGCAGGCUGACGGAGGGCAGAGGCGGCGGCAUGUUGGUCAGGCACAGCAGGAUCCGGUGUCCGCGCUGAGCCACGCUCUCCCUGCUCCAGCAAGGACCAUGAGGGCGCUGGAGGGGCCGGGCCUGCUGCUGCUGUGCCUGGUGUGGGCGCUGCCCACCCUGCUGCUGGUGCCGGCCAUGCGUGGAGCGACAGAGGCACCCACUUACCCCUGGCGGGACACAGACACGGGGGAGUGGCUGGUGUGUGCCCAGUGCCCCCCAGGCACCUUUGUGCAGCAGCCCUGCCGCCGAGACAGCCCCACGACGUGUGGCCCGUGUCCUCCACGCCACUACACGCAGUUCUGGAACUACCUGGAACGCUGCCGCUACUGCAACGUCCUCUGUGGGGAGCGCGAGGAAGAGGCACGGCCUUGCCACGCCACCCACAACCGCGCCUGCCGCUGCCGCACCGGCUUCUUCGCGCACGCUGGUUUCUGCCUGGAGCAUGCAUCGUGUCCACCUGGCACCGGCGUGAUGGCCCCGGGCACCCCCAGCCAGAACACGCAGUGCCAGCCGUGCCCCCCAGGCACCUUCUCAGCCAGCAGCUCCAGCUCAGAGCAGUGCCAGCCCCACCGCAACUGCACGGCCCUGGGCCUGGCCCUCAACGUGCCAGGCUCUUCCUCCCAUGACGCCCUGUGCACCAGCUGCACUGCCUUCCCCCUCAGCACCAGGGUACCAGGAACUGAGGAGUGCAAGCGUGCCGCCAUCGACUUCGUGGCUUUCCAGGAUAUCUCCAUCAAGAGGUUGCAGCGGCUGCUGCAGGCCCUUGAGGCCCCGGGGGGCUGGGGUCCAACACCAAGGGCGGGCCGCGCAGCCUUGCGGCUGAAGCUGCAUCAGCGGCUCACGGAGCUCCUGGAGGCGCAGGACGGGGCACUUCUGGUGCGGCUGCUGCAGGCACUGCGUGUGGCCAGGAUGCCCGGGCUGGAGCGGAGCGUCCGUGAGCGCUUCCUCCCUGGGCACUGAUCCUGGCCCCCUCUCCCCCUUAUUUAUUCGACAUCCUUGGCACCCCACUUGCACUAAAAGCAGCUUUUUUAAUAGAAGAAAUGAGGUUUCUUAAAGCUUAUUUUUAUAAAGCCUUUUCAUAAAA